AUGGCGCCUGCCGCUCAGACUGCCAUGUCGGCUCUAUUGACGCCCUCGACCGACACCGCGCUUUGCUUGAUCCCACCAAAGCAUCUCUGGGAGCCCGUUGACCGACUACGAUCCCUGUACGACAAAGCCUACAACCGGUGGCCGCCCCAUGUGAAUCUUGUUUAUCCCUUCGUCCAACCAGACUGCCUGGAGAGAGCUGUCGAGGCCAUUGCUCAGAUCGACUAUGGCCUUGAACUAGGCCAUUCAACACCCCUUGCAGCCCUGUCUGAGCCAGACGUGUUCGCGCAGAAGAACAACAACACUAUACACCUGCGGCCGCGAGCCGGCAAGAAUUUAGAAACCCUGCGUCGGCUUUCCAACAUGUUACAACGCGCUCUUGGGAGACCGGAGGACAACAAUUUCAAACCUCACAUGACAGUGGCUCAGAGCCAGGACCGCAACUCAGCCUCCCACCUCUAUCUUGUUGACAAGGUUCGCUCCAUAGGCGAGAUUUCCUGGGAUAUCACCGAAUUGGCCAUUUUGAUUCGUGACAAGGACGAGUCUUCCACUGAUCCCACGGCGCCCCGACUCAUGAAGCUCUGGGGACGUGUCUCCCUCAACGCCCUUCAAGUCAAUCGACUGCCGAUCCCCGAGACAAUGUAUUCCCAGAAUGAAGAAGCCCAGUCCUCGGCUCUUCCCAAGCCAGCUCCGCAGACAUCUUAUAGGUUUUGCCCAUCUGAAAGCAAGUGGGUUUCGCACUCCUAUUCGAUCUCCCCUACUGCUCAACAGUCCACGAUGGACCGAUUGAUCGUGGCAUCUUACAAUGUUCUCGGAGAGUUUGAAUGGCCGCCAAACCAAGACAGAUAUCUGAACAUCGUGGAGAAUCUCAUUUCCGAACGUGGAAGAGCCGAUAUUAUAGCCCUGCAAGAGGUCACUGAUCACUUCUUGCAAUUUCUCCUCGCCGACGAACGAAUCCGUUCACAGUAUCCGUUUUCCACCCAUGGCCCGCCGGAUCAACUCGAUAUCGGACCUCUUCCAAAUCACCUCAACAUUGUAAUUCUGAGCAAAUUUGAGUUUCAGUGGAACAUCCUCUUAUUGUCGAGGAAGCACAAGGGUUCGCCCAUUCUUACCUUCCCGACGGUUCGCGAGAACGAUACCGAACCCAGCAACAGCCAAACACUACCUCUGGUCCUUGCCGCAUGCCAUCUCAGCCAUGGGUUGGUAGAUGGAGCUGUAGCCAGCAAAAAGAGCGAACUACAAAGAAUUAUCAAUCAUCUUGCUAGUACAUACCAAUCUCACCCAUGGAUUAUUGCUGGCGAUUUCAACAUCCCAACCUCAUCGUACACCAUCGAAACAGCCCGACAACGACGCUUCAUCUCCUCCCAAUCCUACCAUUAUCUGAGAGACUUUACCUCUAAGCUGACUGAAUCUGGUCUACAAGACACCUGGAUAGCUUCAAGAAUCCAAAGUGGAGAGUCUUCAACACAGUCAUGGCGAUUGGAGCCAACGGCUAAUGAGCUCUUCGAGGGUGAAGAAGGCGCGACGUUUGAUCCCCAAUCCAAUAUCCUUGCUGCGAAGCUUGUAGGCUCUGGCAUGAACAAUCGCCCUCAAAGAUACGAUAGAAUUCUUGUGAAUUCGCACUUCAGGCUUCGCCCGUCGCGUUUCAACAUGUUUGGUCUCCCACCAACCCAGGUUCAAGCAAACACGCAAACCGAUGCUGGCGCAAGUGAUCACUGGGGUGUUCGCUGCCUCUUCCAAGCACCGUCGCAGGAGGAGAAGAGCCAGGUGAAUGCAAGGGAGAAGGCGAUGGACGUGAAACUGGAGCGCGGACCAGCUUCCUUGGGCAGACUGGAGGAUUUGAAACGUUGUCUGCAAAAACGACAAUUUCUACCCACCCAAGCUGAUGUUACUGAACGACAGCAUGCAAUUAAUCUGCUUCAGACUGCUCUACAGUGUCAAGCCGUCGGACAUGAUACGCCAGAAGACGGAAAAGGGCCGCAGUUGACGCUUGUGCCAGUGGGCUCAUUUGGCCUAGGGGUCUGGACUGAGUCUUCUGACGUGGAUGUCCUGUGUAUUGGCGGCAUCAGUUCAAAGUUGUUUUUCAAACUGGCCAUUUCAAGACUUCGAAAGGCAGAAUCCAGCGGCAUUAGAAUUCUCAGAAGGGUGAGAGCAAGCUCAGGAACGAUGUUACUUCUGGACAUCUCUGGAAUCAAGUUCGAUCUGCACUAUUGUGGUUCUCUCUCUAUCCUUGAACAGUUCCCUGAGGUAAUGAAGAGACCACCGACCGACCCAGCUUUUGCCUUACCACCUCAGACACUGUCAAAGCUAAAACCUGUCCGAGACCUAUUUUACAUCCGCCGAUCAGUCCCGGACAUGUCGCAAUAUAGAGCGGCUCAUUUGUUGAUUAAAGCCUGGGCCAAGUCCAGAGGCCUCUAUGGGGCGAAAUUUGGCCUUCUUGGAGGCAUAAACAUAGCCGUGACUCUUGUUCCCGUGUGUAAAGCUCUUGUGAAGAAGGCGGGAUCAGUCUCUGUAGCGGAUAUCGUGGUCUCUUACUUUCAUCACUACGCUCAGUUCGACUGGAAGACACAGGUAGUUUUUGAUCCGUUCUUCCACAAGAAACUAACCUACCGCCGGUCUUCCACGGAGCCGCUAUGUCUUUUGGGAUGGCACCCUCCUGUUUUGAACACGGCUCUUAACGCUUCCGUGCCCACCGUCAAGACUAUCCAGGCUGAAAUUUCUAGAUCUUGUGAGCUUCUUUCGAGCCAGAACAUCACCUGGGACAAAUUCCUCGACUCAUUCAUGGGCCCUUCUUCGCUCGGAGAAUCGGAUCUUGACCCUGGAGCCGCGGACUUCUUGGAAGCGUUCAAAGUGUACGCCAGGCUUGACAUCAGCUAUUGGGGUUCGUCAUCAAGGAAGCGCAACGACUUUGUGGGAUGGCUGGAAUCGAGAUGCGUCAUGCUACUUGUUGAAAUUGGCAGAAAGGCCCCUGGUUUUACGGCUCGAAUCUGGCCACAACGGUUCGUAGAUGGAGGUGCCGCUAAGACUUCUGGCAGCGAAGAAACUUCGGACUAUAAUGGCUGCUACCUGCUUGGUAUCGAGCGCGAGUCUCGCGAUCAUUCCGAAGGCGCUCUUCAGGCAACCCUUUCCCAGUUUGAGGAGCGCAUCCGAGGGGACGCCAGGCAUUUUGACGCCAACACUUCUUGGAUGGCUGCAACCCUUGUCAAGUGCACGGAAUUAGGCGACCUGCAGCUCGACAAGAGCCUCUUCAUCGAGGACAAUGGCGGCGCAGCUGAUGAUGACAUUAGCUCUGACGACGAGGAGUCUGAUGAAGACGAGGAGAUCGAUGAUGUUGAUGGAGUGGCAAAGUUACCAAUUCGACAACAGCCACAGCAUGGGCUCGGACUAUCUACAGCAAAGUUACGAACCGCGGUAGACGUCAUGAAUCGGCUGAGAUGGGAUUCCAACAUGAAUAGUGAUGACUACAUUGUUGGCUACGAGGAUCGGUUCACUGGCACUUGUGAGAAGGCUCUUGACAUGUGGAAGACCGACCAAACCGACGAGGAGUUCAUUCCACAACAUCGAAUUCUCUACUUCAAGCGGCGUAGCGAUAAUGAGGUGGUCUGGGAACGGAGGACUAGGAUAGACAAGAUAUUCGGUAGCGGAGCCUCGAGCCAACCAGAACUUGGUUGCGAGUAA